AUCAAACACGCCGAUCAGCUGAGCAAUAGAAACAAAGUUCAAAACGCGAAUUAGACAUCUUUAGUAUAUACAGCAAGCUAUUAUUUUGCAACUUUGAUAGUAUAAUUGAUAAAGAUGGCGUUUCAUGCACAAGAUCGUGCAUACAGAUUUAUUUUGCUGUUCUUUAACUGUUUGCUGACUUUUGGGUCGUAUUUCUGUUUUGAUAUGCCAAGUGUUCUACAAGACACCUUCACUGGAGCUACACAAAGCAAUUGUUCUGAUGGUAAUAAAACAAUGAACAUUACACCAUAUUGUAAUGUGACCUGUGAUGACUGUCUUGGUAUGUCAGAUGAUAGUUACAACCUACUGUAUGCCAUUUAUGCAUGGACGAAUGCAUUUGUUGUGAUUGGAGCUGGAUUUUUAAUUGACAAGUUGGGCAACAGAGUUGGUCUAUUCCUGUUUUCCUUCCUUGUUGUGCUGGGAUCCAGUACAUUUGCAGCUGGUGCCAUGCUGAAGGGAACCAAAGCUAUGUUGCCGGUUAUGUUACUAGGGCGACUCCUUUUUGGAUCAGGCAAUGGGUCUAUGACAAUUGUACAGAAUCGUUUGACAGCUUACUGGUUCAGGAAUAAAGAACUGGCUUUGGCAUUUGGUAUAACUCUCGCAUUUUCUAGACUUGGAAGUGUUCUCAACUUCUUUCUUACAAAGACAUUUGAAGGUCAAUAUGGACUUUCGUGGACACUGUGGGGAGGAGCUAUGCUGUGUGGUUUAGGAUUUAUUUCUGCAAUCAUUGUUAGUUUUCUGGAUAUUUAUGGUGUCAAACAACUUGGUGAUGCUGAUAACCUUAGGACAGAGUCCAAGAAAGUGAGGGUGACAGAUAUCCGCUACUUUUCUGUAUCAUACUGGCUCCUGGCUUUGACCAUUAUGUUCUUCUAUAAUGGUGUAUUUCCAUUUGUAGCUGAUUCUAGUAAAUUCAUUGCUAAGAAGUACGGUUUCAGUGAUCAGACAUCAUCAUAUAUAUCUGGCUCAGUGUACGAUGUUUCCAUGAUAUUGUCACCUUUCCUUGGAGGUGUCAUUGAUGUACGGGGAAAGAGAGGUUACCUUGCCAUUGGUUGUGCUUUGUUUACUAUCCCAGUAUUUGGUUUACUGGCAUUCAGUCAUGUGUACCCACUGAUACCCACAUUAUGGCUGGGAAUAACAUACAGUAUAGCUGCAGCUAGCAUGUGGCCAUCUAUUCCACUUGUAGUCAGUCAGGCAACUAUAGGUACUGCUAUGGGUCUAACUACCUCAAUACAAAUGAUUGGUAUUGGAAUAUCUAAUCUUGUUGUAGGACAGAUUCUUGGUAAAAGUCAGGGAUUAACAGAUGCCCAGACUUUGUUGAGGUGGAAGUAUGUGAUGAUAUUUUUGCUAGCCAACACACUGGCUUGUGUUCUUACAUCUCUAUUCCUUAAUAUAAAUGACAAAAGAAAGGGAGGAAUAUUAAACUUAAGCAAGAAAGACAAACUACGUGCCCAGGGAUUGCUGGAAUCCGUUUCAGAAUCUGGGAAAUCAGCCGACUCCAGUGACGAUGAAAAUGAACCUCUGCUUAGAAACAGAAAGACAAUUAAUUAACACCAUUGUCUAUUACUUUCUGUACAACAGAGAUUUCCUGAUAGAUAUCUGUUACAGAUUAAAGUUGAAAUGUGAUAAAUCAGAAUAGCCUGAGGACUUGUGCAGCUAAAGAAUAGAUUUAUUCAUCUAACUUUGAUAGAAAUGUAUUCUGUUGAAAAGAUUUGUCUUCCGUAAAUAAUAAUUCUUUUCUGAUUACAAAUGUCAGGUUGUUUUACGUUUUUGAAGAUGCAAUGCUGUUCUGUUUUUGGAAAAUGUACGCUGUUUAUUUGAACAAUCAUGAUUUUACAUUCUAAGGCAGAGCUGAGUAUGGGAAAUAACAAAUAUGUGUAAUUUUGAAAAAAAGAAACUUGGCUGUUCAUUCUCAUUAAACAUUGUAAUUAUUAUUUAUAAAGUUUAUCUACAUGUGUUAUGAUGAAUAUUUCAGACUGAAAUUCAAUGAUAGAAGUUUUAUGUGUUGAACAGUAAGUUUCAAUUUUUUUGAUUUUUAGCUCACCUGUCACAAAGUGACAAGGUGAGCUUUUGUGAUCGCGCGGCGUCCGUCGUCCGUCGUCCGUCCGUGCGUCCGUGCGUGCGUCCGUAAACUUUUGCUUGUGACCACUCUAGAGGUCACAUUUUUCAUGGGAUCUUUAUGAAAAUUGGUCAGAAUGUUAACCUUGAUGAUAUCUAGGUCAAGUUCGAAACUGGGUCACGUGCCGUCAAAAACUAGGUCAGUAGGUCUAAAAAUAGAAAAACCUUGUGACCUCUCUAGAGGCCAUAUAUUUCACAAGAUCUUCAUGAAAAUUGGUCAGAAUGUUCACCUUGAUGAUAUCUAGGUCAAGUUCGAAACUGGGUCACGUGGGGUCAAAAACUAGGUCAGUAGGUCUAAAAAUAGAAAAACCUUGUGACCUCUCUAGAGGCCAUAUUUUUCAUGAGAUCUUCAUGAAUAUUGGUCAGAAUGUUCACCUUGAUGAUAUCUAGGUCAAGUUCGAAACUGGGUCACGUGGGGUCAAAAACUAGGUCAGUAGGUCUAAAAAUAGAAAAACCUUGUGACCUCUCUAGAGGCCAUAUUUUUCAUGAGAUCUUCAUGAAUAUUGGUCAGAAUGUUCACCUUGAUGAUAUCUAGGUCAAGUUCGAAACUGGGUCACGUGGGGUCAAAAACUAGGUCAUUAGGUCUAAAAAUAGAAAAACCUUGUGACCUCUCUAGAGGCCAUAUUUCUCAAUGGAUCUUCAUGAAAAUUGGUCAGAAUGUUCAGCUUGAUGAUAUCUAGGUCAAGUUCGAAACUGGGUCACGUGGGGGUAAAAACUAGGUCAGUAGGUCUAAAAAUAGAAAAACCUUGUGACCUCUCUAGAGGCCAUAUUUCUCAAUGGAUCUUCAUGAAAAUUGGUCAGAAUGUUCAGCUUGAUGAUAUCUAGGUCAAGUUCGAAACUGGGUCACGUGGGGGUAAAAACUAGGUCAGUAGAUCUAAAAAUAGAAAAACCUUGUGACCUCUCUAGAGGCCAUAUUUUUCAUGAGAUCUUCAUGAAUAUUUGUGAGAAUGUUCACCUUGAUGAUAUCUAGGUCAAGUUCGAUACUGGGUCAUGUGGGAUCAAAAACUAGGUCAGUAGAUCUAAAAAUAGAAAAACCUUGUGACCUCUCUAGAGGCCAUAUUUCUCAAUGGAUCUUCAUGAAAAUUGGUCAGAAUGUUCACCUUGAUGAUAUGUAGGUCAAGUUUGAAACUGGGUCACGUGCGGUCAAAAACUAGGUCAGUAGGUCUGAAAAUAGAAAAACCUUGUGACCUCUCUAGAGGCCAUAUUUUUCAAUGGAUCUUCAUGAAAAUUGGUCAGAAUGUUUACCUUGAUGAUAUCUAGAUCAAGUUCGAAACUGGGUCACGUGGGGUUAAAAACUAGGUCAGUAGAUCUAAAAAUAGAAAAACCUUGUGACCUCUCUAGAGGCCAUAUUUUUCAUGAGAUCUUCAUGAAUAUUGGUCAGAAGGUUCAUCUUGAUGAUAUCUAGGUCAGGUUCGAAACUGGGUCACGUGGGGUCAAAAACUAGGUCAGUAGGUCUAAAAAUAGAAAAACCUUGUGACCUCUCUAGAGGCCAUAUUUUUCAUGAGAUCUUCAUGAAAAUUGGUGAGACUGUUCAGCUUGAUAAUAUCUAGGUCAGGUUUGUAACUGGGUCAUGUGCCGUCAAAAACUAGGUCAGUAGGUCGAAAAAUAGAAAAACCUUGUGACCUUUCUAGAGGCCAUAUUUUUCACGAGAUCUUCAUGAAAAUUGGUGAGAAUGUUCACCUUGAUGAUAUCUAGGUCAAGUUUAAAAGUGGGUCACGUGCCUUCAAAAACUAGGUCAUUAGGUCAAAUAAUAGAAAAACUUUGUGACCUCUCUAGAGGCCAUAUUUUUCAAUGGAUCUUCAUGAAAAUUGGUCAGAAUUUUUUAUCUUGAUGAUAUCUAGGUCACAUGUGCUGAAAAACUAGGUCACUUUGUCAAAUAAUAGAAAUAACGACGUCAUACUCAGUUCAACACUGGGUCAUGUGGGGAUAGGUGAGCGAUUCAGGACCAUCAUGGUCCUCUU